UUUUUGCGCGUCUUUGCGGCAGAAUACGUGCGGUUGGUACAGAGCGUGUCAGCUGUCAGUGCGGUCUUUGGCAGCGUUGUGUUAAAACGACGGCGUGAUCAGGCAGAAUGUUUACAAACAUCGAUGUCCGCGGCGUAGCACGAGGACGCUGCUUUCGCGACAUGUGUGAUUGCGACGGCUUUUCGCGCUCCCACACAGAAGUAUGCGUCGGUGAAAGCGGGUCAGUCCAGUCCGGCUGGUGUUGCUACUGCGGACAUUCACCGGUCUGUCACACUCGCGUUGGCAAAAACGUACUUGGACAGGAAGAAUAUAUUUUAGUCAACUGGCAGGCUGCCCCGCCACCAUCGCUUGACCAGUCAGCAUGUCAGGGCUGGGACGGUGACACGCUGGAACCAGCACAGCCCGUGAUCGACGAUGAUGUCAUUUUGGUGGAAUCGGAGGACGAGAAGCCUGCCUUACCCGAUGAAAACCAACAGCUAGAGCAGCGCAAGGAUGUUUCCUUUGUGGAAGCUUCCCCUUUGAGCACUGAUCUUCUGCAGCAAAUUGAAAAACUUGAACAGGACAAUGAGCAGCUAAAGAAGCAACUCGCCGAUAAAAAAGAAAUUUCUGAAUCACUUUUCGAAUUGCUUUCCAAAUCAGUUGUCUUGGGGAAGAGUCUUCAGCAAGUGCUACUCGAACGAGAGAACCGUGAUGGGAACAAUCCGAGGAACAGAGACGGGACAAGUGCAGACGACAGCGAACUGCUGCCCGAACAAGAAAACAGUCCCAGGAGCAUUUCAAGAAAGGGCCACGGGAACAUUCUACGGAAGGGUCCCAGGAAGGGUCCUAGGAAGGGUCUCGAGAAGAGUCUUAGGAGGAGUCCCAGAAGUAGUCCCAAAAGGCGUCCCACCGGCACAUGUGACGACUCAUCCAUGGUGGAUAUUGGUAAUGGUGUCUUGGUGAAGGAAACGCAACUGUCCAAGCUUUUCAAUCCCCACAUCAGUGCAACCAAAUUCGGCCGCUGCCUUCUCCGCAUAGUCUUCACUCCUGACGAGCUAAAGGGAAAGUGCCUCAUGGGGAGGAACAAAGACAAAGAGCCACUGGACCCAAUCCGCGUGAAUGCUGUCAUAGGCUAUACCUGUUCCAAGUUCCCUGUAAACAAACACUUCUUGAUUGCAAGUCUUUCUACCAUGCUGUAUUACUUCAACCCUGGAAAACGUCCAUCAUCUCUAACAUCUCGCUGACGUGCAUGACAAUGUUUUUUUUAACAUCAGCAAUGUGGUUGCUGGGAGUUUGUGCAAGUUGUAAGCAACUUGUGUUGCCUUUCUUGCUGAACCACCCCGAAGUUUUCCAACUUAUUGUGAUACAUAGCAACAUAGCGGGGCUUUUGCUAUGUUUAGCUUAUUCCCUUAACCAUUUACAUUAGUAUAUUGUUAAGCUGAACUGCUCAUAAGUAGUAGAGUGAUUUUAUCAGUCAUUCUUGUGUGCCAAAAAAAUGUUCAACAAAUAUCAAGCUGCGAUAUCAAGAAAGGUUUACAAGAAGGAAGAACAACAUGCCAGUUGGCUUAUUAAUCUCCAAUGAGUCUUCGUAUUUAUUGUUUUUCUAAUUAUGUUUUGCUUUAUUGUUGUACGUUUUUAAAUGCGAUUAUUUUACUUUGUUCAAAGCCUUGGCAGAAGUAUUGCUGAAUUUAGUGGUGUAUGCUGUUCUAGUGGCAGCCAUGAGUGUUCCUAGCAUCCCUGUGUAUUUCUUUCGUUAAAAUAAACUGCUCAUAAGUCGA